AUGGCUACCUCCGACCGAGACGGCGUCGGUAGCAUGACUACCGGCUUUGCGCCGGCCGGCGAACCCGUACUCUCGAAGCGCGCCGACCCCGACGCCCCGGGCCUCAGCAGCGACGAUGCCAACGACUCCGACAGGGAGUUGGCCGCCAUGGGAUAUGCGCCCCGCCACUUCUCAUUAUGGUCGCUGUUCAGCUUUGCCCUGAGUAUCUCGGGCCUCUUUGGCACGGUCAUGACGACCUUCUCGUACCCGCUGAGCGCGGGUGGCGCUGCCUCGGCCGUCUGGUGCUGGCUCAUCUCCGGCCUGGGCGCCCUGUGCAUUGCCUACUCCAUUGCCGAGAUCGCUUCUGCGUAUCCUACCUCAGGCGCGAUGUACUUCACGAUCAAAUAUCUGGCCCCUCCGAAAUACGUCCCCAUCAUCGCCUGGAUUGAUGGCUGGCUCAAUCUCAUUGGCCAGAUCUGUGGCAGCGCUUCGUCCUCGUAUGGAGCUGCUCAGAUGCUGUUAGCCGCUGUGUCAAUCAGCUCAGACUUCACCUACUUCCCAACCCAGGGCCAUGUGAUCGCCGUGAUGACCGGACUCUCCAUCUUCCACGGCCUCAUCAACAGCCUCAACACCAAAUGGCUGCAUCAAUUUGCUAAAACAUAUGCUGCCUUUCAUAUUACUGUGCUGUUAGCACUCCUCAUCACUUUGUUGGUGAUGCAGAAGGACAAGCAUACAGCCGAGUAUGCCUUCACCCAUGUCGAGUCGAGCUCUGGAUGGUCUCCCCCAGGCUUCUCAUUUCUAUUUGGCUUUUUAUCUGUCAGCUGGACGAUGACAGACUACGACGCGGCUGCACACAUUGCUGAGGAAGUUCGGAAUCCAGCAAAGACAGUACCAUGGGCUAUCGCUUCUGCCCUGACCUUCACAUAUGUGGUUGGGUGGCUGUACAACAUCGUGCUUGUUUUCACGAUGGGGGACCCGGCGGAGCUCCUUGCAAGCCCUAUUGGGCAGCCUGUUGCCCAGCUCUUCUAUAAUGUGAUGGGCAAAGGUGCUUCUAUCUUCUUUACCGUGGCGGCAUUUAUCAUCAUGAACUUUGUCUGCAUCACGGCCCUGCAGGCCGGGUCCCGCACGGUCUGGGCGUUCGCUCGCGACGAGAUGCUGCCUGGCUGGCGCAUUUGGUACAAGAUCUGGAAGCGCACUGACACGCCGGUGCUUGCCGUGUGGCUGUACACGCUCAUUUGCAUUCUGAUCAACCUCAUCGGCCUCGGCAGUGUCACCACCAUCUCGGCCAUCUUCAACCUUUGCUCGAUCGCGCUCGACUGGUCCUACGUCAUCCCAAUUGCAUGCAAGCUUGCCUUCAACAGGUUUGAGCGUGGUCCGUGGCACCUAGGGGGCGCGAGUUUCGCCAUCAACGUAUGGGCUGUGGUCUGGACCGUCUUUGUGUCGGUCAUCUUCGUCCUGCCGACGGUGAUGCCUGUCACCGCUCUGAAUGUAAGACCAUCUAUCAUUGCAACUCUAGAAAGGGCCCUUCACACUGACAUGGGGAACCAGAUGAAUUAUGCAAGUGUCAUUCUUGUGUUUGUCAUGCUCAUCGCCACUGUUUACUGGUACGCGCGCGGCAGAUUCUACUACACCGGUCCCAGGGCCAACGCCCACAUCGAGAACGGCCACAUCGUCGAGGACGAGAGCCCCUCCGCUGUUCUGGAUCAGGAGAAGGCUGUGUCGCAGGACAGGCCCGAUUCGCCUGGCGUGUUGGCACAAGACCGCAAACAGUCGAACCCAUCUCGAGAAAGCUAA